AUGGCCGCGCCCGAGAAGAGACUCGACGCAGACUCACCAGCCUUCACCAAGGAUGGCGUCUACAACCACGAGGAGCGCAAGAAGAGCAUCGCCGAGCUGACCCAGAACCUCGAGGGGGAGAUCAAGAACCCCCUCCGGGGCAUCCCCAAGGCGGAGCUCCUCGAGCAGGUCACCGACUAUCAGCGGUCGUACGGCCUCCCCGACGACAUCCUCCCGUUGCUGAAGAAGGGCGCCCUGGUCGCGCAGAACCCGGCCUUGUUCGAGGAUCUCGAUGAGCUCGACGAGGCCGAGAAGCGGGCGCUGCGCGAGGAGGUGACGCACCGGUGGAAGCACCCUUGGCCGCUAUACUACACCAUCAUCCUCAACUCCAUCGCCGCCGCCAUCCAGGGAUGGGACCAGACCGGCUCCAACGGCGCCAAUUUGGCGUUCCCCGUCGCGCUUGGCAUCCCCGACGCCGCCGGCUCAGCCUGCGGCCCCUUCGCGGACGAGGGCGAAUGCGCCAAGAAUAGCUGGAUCAUCGGUCUUGUCAACUCCAUGCCCUACAUCACCAUCUUCAUGUUCGCCUGUUGGAUAUCCGAUCCCCUCAACGAGCUCCUCGGCCGUCGCGGCGUCAUCUUCAUCGCCGCCAUCUUCUCGCUGCUCGCGCCGUUCGGCAUGGCCGUCUCGCAGACAUGGGGCCAGCUCGCCGCGUCCAGGAUGCUACUCGGAAUCGGCAUGGGCCUGAAAGAAGUCACAGUCCCCGUCUUCUCCGCUGAAAACUCCCCCACACUUAUCCGCGGCGGCCUGGUCAUGUCUUGGCAGGUCUGGACCGCGUUCGGCAUCUUCCUCGGCACGUGCGCCAACCUCAUCGUCGGCAGGACGGGCGACAUCGCCUGGCGCCUCCAGUUCGGCUCGGCCUUCAUCCCCGCCGUGCCCCUCGUCAUCGGAACCUACUUCUGCCCCGAGUCACCCCGGUGGUACCUCAAGAAGGGCCGCCACCUCAAGGCCUGGGGGUCGCUGCUCCGCCUGCGCAACACGCCGCUGCAGGCCGCGCGGGACCUGUACUACAUCCACGCGCUGCUCGAGUACGAGGAGACGCUGGUGCAGGAGGCCGGCCUCAAGGUCACGAGCAACAUGUUCACGCGCUUCGUCGAGCUCUUCACCAUCUCGCGCAUCCGGCGCGCGACCUGGGCCGCGGGCAUCGUCAUGAUUGCGCAGCAGAUGUGCGGAAUCAACAUCAUCUCGUUCUACAGCGCGACCAUCUUCAAGCAGAGCGGCAUCAGCGACUACACUGCGCUCUGGGCCAGUUUCGGGUUCGGCCUGAUCAACUUCACAUUCGCGUGGCCCGCCGUCUGGACCAUCGACACCUUUGGCCGACGGACGCUUCUGCUCUUCACGUUCCCAAACAUGUUUUGGACUCUGCUAGCCGCCGGCCUCUGCUACCUCAUCAACGACAGCACCGCCAGAAUCGCAGCGGUGGCGACCUUUGUCUACCUCUUCGCCGCCUUCUACUCCCCAGGCGAGGGCCCCGUCCCCUUCAUGUACUCGGCCGAGGUCUUCCCCCUCUCCCACCGCGAAGUCGGCAUGUCCUGGGCCGUCGCGACCAACAACUUCUGGGCCUCGGUGCUCUCCCUGACCCUCCCGCGCAUGCUCAUCGCCAUGACCGCCACCGGCGUCUUCUCCUUCUACGCCGGCCUCAACCUCGUCGCCCUCGGCCUCAUCUUCCUCUUCGUCCCCGAGACGAAGCAGAAGUCCCUCGAGGAGCUCGACUACGUCUUCGGCGUGCCCACCCGCAAGCACGCGUCCUACCAGCUCGGCACCGUCCUGCCGUGGUGGACGAACACGUACGUCAUGCGACGCAAGGUCGGCCCCUGCCCGCCGCUGUACCACGAGGAGAACUUGGACGGCCGGCGCGGCGACGCGUAA